AUACUGUUCACGUAUCUGAGGUUAUUUUUUCAUCGAAAGCAGCGAAAAUAUUAUCGAAACAAUCAUCGCCAGGUCACAGCGCAAGGCCGAUGUCGCGAUUGACGAUGACCGUACGAGCGUGUGAGGUAACAAGAUGGCAAGGACGAGCAGCCCCUGCUCCUUGAGCGCCGAUAUUGAGACGAAUUCCCGCAGGAAGAACACGAAAACCCGAGGUGGGAAGAAGCUGCCAAAUGCACUGAGGAUCUUUCGGCAGGAAGAGGAAGUGGGCGGGCAGAAAAAGGUGUCGUAAUAAAGACGACGAGCAACGACGACGCAUCGCGACGAGCGAAGGACAAUGGACGAGAUACGCGGCUCGUCGUCGACACGCCGCCUCUCGCAGAUUCUCGAUCCGAUCACGCGACUCGCCAGCGACUUCGGCUCCAACUCGGCACCGUGCAGCCCACGGCUGGGCGCGCGCGUGCACGAUGCGAGCAGCGGGUCCACUGCUGCCGCGGGUCAGUCAGGCCCAGCCGUCGCCGGCAACGUUCCAACGUCGUCUCGAGCAAGCCCGAGCGGCACUGCAGCGGGUAGCGGCUCCAGCUCCGGUCCCGAUAGUCCGCGAUUGUGGCCGCGACAAUUUCGACAGGCACCCACGCCACCGCCACGGCCUAGGCAUGCUUCCGCCGCUACCACCGCCAUCAGCACCGCCAGUACCUCGACUAGCACCUCCGCUAAUAUCAAUAACAACAAUAACAACAACAACGCGGGAAGUAGCACCGACAGCGGUGUGCCGUCCUCGGUGGUGCACGCGAGAGACUCGCCCUACGUCAACGUGUCGAAUCUGUUCUUCCACAAAGACAAGAGCUUCGCCGAGAGCGCUAGAAGCGCCGGCUACAUCGAGCUGCGCGACAAGCCCAAGUGUAGCCCGUACGAUUUUACGUCCGAGUCGAGCGGUCACGUGGAGUACGCGGACAAGAGGACGUUUGUAAGUCCGGUUCAGUCGGACUUGGUUUACGACGUCGGAAAAGAUCCCGGCGGCCCGCUCUGCAGGGGAAGGUCGAACUAUGACCCAGGACCCUCCAGCGGUAGAGGCCACUUUGAGAGAGCGUUUUCGUUUUCGAGCAGGCAACCGCCGGAACAACCGCAGGCACCGCGAUUGUACGAACCGGGCAGGUUGUUUGUCGAUCCGAGAACCGCUGCUGGCAGCGUCGACGUGAAGAGAGAUAAACUAGACAUCAGGCCAAGUUACAGUACUUCCAAGAGCUUCGAUGGAUACACGACGACGGUGGAGGAGCUCAACUGGCAGGAGAGAUGUCUGGAGCUGCAACUGGAGCUGCACAGGAGCAGGAGUCAGGCAACCAGAGUGAGGGAUAUGCUCCGAGAAAAGCUUUCUGAACUCGAGCAGCGGGUAUUAGAAGCGGAGGGCAGGGCGGAUGAAGCGGAAGAUAAG